CCGUCGCGUCGCACUCCGUCAUCGACAGCAGGAAGCCGGAUAGAUUACUUCAACCUCACGGCCACCACAAAAUACCUAUCUGUUAACAACGAGGAGAACAACAGCAUAUUUGUCUCAAUAUGACAGGAAACGUACCUCCUGGUGGCAACACCAAGUCGGCGGGGGCCAAUGGCCCCGGCGGCGAUGCGGCUUCAUCAUCUUCUGCAGCGGGAAUCCCCUUCUACGAGAAACAGCGGCAGCAGCUAAAGGAGCUGAUUUCUCGGAAGAGGACGUUAGAGAAAAAGCUGAGCUCGAUCGAGGACCACAUCUCCAACAAAGAAUCCGAAUACCUCGACGGCACCCCCAGCGGCAACAUCAUCAUCGGCUUCGACAACUACGUCAAGGGCGCCACCGCCGCCGCCGCCCUGCGCCGCAAGACCGGCGCCCUCGACCACAACCGCGUCUUCUCCCGCAGCUCCGUCUCCUACAACACCUCGGCCGACGCCCAAACCGCAGCCUCCACCCCAGCACACACACCCCUAUCCAGCAGCUUCGGCGGCAACGGCAACGGCCCCUCAGGCGCGCCCACGCCGACAAGCGCCGUCAGUGGAGGAGGAGGCGGAGGCGGAGGGAGGAGCGGUGCGUCGACAAAGAAGAGCAAGAAGAACACGCCUGCUGCGAGCGCGGCUGCUGCUGCGGCGGCGGCUGCGGGUGGUGUUGGGGGUGGUGGGGUUGGGAGGGGAGAUGGUGGUGGUGGGGGGGAGGAUAGUGAGACGGAUGGGAGGGAGGCGAAGAAGGUUAGGACUAGUUUUGGGGCGAGGAAAUGAGGCUUCUCUUGAGAGGUGGGUGGGUGAGAUGGGUUUGUGAGGUGGAUGGGUUUGUGAGAUGGGUGGGUUUGUGAGAUGGGUUGGUUUGUGAGAUGGGUUGGAGGUGGAGGGGGUGCUGCUUUUGGGGUUUGGCGUUCUUGGGGGAAGGGUUUGCAGAUGGAGGUUGGGACAUACCCCUUUGUUUAAUUGCGCGUUGGCCGGAGAGGCUAGGGGGGAUAUGGCGUUUGGGAUGUUCUGGGAUUUACGUGGGAAAGAGAGGGAGAGGUCGAGGUAUAGAAGGCGGUGGAUGUCUGUAUGUAGUAGGCAUGUACUUAGACGGAAUUGAGGGUUGUCAACGGCAUGUAGUUGGGAGUAUGUUUAUCCAUGCAUUCUAGUCCACCC